GGCAAGCGGAAGAAGUCGAGCAGACAACCACAGGGACCAAAAAAGAGAGAGCCCUUGCCUUCAACGUUUGCAUGCUUGUUUUGCAAUCACGAGAACUCCAUUGUUGUUAAGCUUGACAAGAAAUUGGGUCUAGGGAAUUUGUCUUGCAAGGUGUGCGGGCAAAGAUUCCAGACGGGUAUCAACUAUCUUUCCGCCGCCGUUGAUGUAUAUUCUGACUGGGUGGAUGCUUGUGACGCCGUGGCCAAAGACGCUGCUAACAAGUAUGAAGAACGUGACGCUCGUGGCAUGCGUUUGAAUGAGUAUCCCGUUUCCUACGAGUCACGGGAGACUGGAGCAAUGAUUGGCGAGAGUAGGAAAAAUGACGCCGAUGAUUUCUGA